CAGUAGAUCGGUUGGCAGGAUGUCUCUGCUGCUUUGUUGUGCAGUGAUGGCUCUGCACCUCGUAAAAGGUCAAUAUGAAACUUGAAACCAAACUGUGUGUGUGAACAGUUUAACUGUUAAACUGAUUAAAUAACAGCCUCUGUGUUCUGUUAGACAGGUAACUCUUUAUCCACAAUAUAGCAGGGGGUGUAAAGAUAGAUAGAUAGUUUGCACUUUUGGGAUUAUUCCAUUGAUUGCUUCCAAUGUACCGGUUAAACUAAGUGUGUUGUUGUUGUUGUUCCAGGGGUGGAUGCUGCCUCGGGGGUGGUGAACACCACAGACCAGGAAGUGGUAGGGGUGGAGCCCCAGUCCCCAUGCCCAGCCGGAUGGCAUCAGAAUGGGCAUCGCUGCUUCUCCUUCUACCCCGUCUGGGCCACCUGGUCCACAGCAGAGGUAACACUUGUAAUAGGGAGAGACAGAGAAACUAAAGGCCAACUUGUAGUAGAGUUGGUUAGGCAUUGAUUUAGGGCAAUUCCAUGGUAAUAGAAUGAUGCUAAAAUCAGGCGCACAUUUAAUUCAGGAAAUGUCAUUUUCUAGCUUGCGUUGAUCUUAGCUCCCCGAGGUAAUGCCGGGGCUUUAGCUCAGCGGGCUAACACAGUGUUCUCUGACUGUCCCUCCAGUCGUACUGCUCCCAGCACGGAGGGAAUCUAGUGUCGGUUCACAGCCCGGGUCAACAGGUGUUUGUCCAGGACCUGGUCAGGAGACACACAGACCAGCCGGUCUGGAUGGGAGGCUACGACGCAGCUCAGGUACACUGGGUUAAUCAGUCAGUCAGUCAGUCAAAUGUUUAGUAAUGUCUACAGGUUACACAGGUAAAAUCUCAACAUACUUUUGGUUUAAAAACAAAAAGAAGUGGUUUCAAUCCAUUAAUCAAUCAAUCAAUCAAUGUUUUCCUGUGAUUAGGAGGGGAUGUGGCUGUGGAGUGACGGCUCAGCUGUUGACCAUUUUUACUGGGAGGAGGAUGAGCCCAGUAACUCUGGACAGGGGGAGAACUGUAUGGAGCUACACACUGGAGGUGCACACACACACACACACUCUCUCUCUCUCUCUCUCUCUCUCUCUCUCUCUCUCUCUCUCUCUCUCUCUCUCUCUCUCUCUCUCUCUCUCUUCUCUCUCUCUCUCUCUCUCUCUCUCUCGACAUUGAAAUAAUUGAAGUGUUGUUGGUUGUUGCCUUGGUAACAGCUGGGCAGGGAUGGAAUGACGUGUCCUGUGGAGAGCUGAGGUUCUACGUGUGUUCGAUGGAGACAAGGUAGCAGGAUAAUACUGUCUUGUACCUGGCCACGUUUUUGCAGAGACCACAUUAACAGUAAAUUACAUUCAUGUCUUUUUUUUUUCAUGUUCUUUUAGAUCUGGUUUAGCAGCAUUAGCAAGUCAGAAGCAAGCACACGAGAGAGGUAGGUGUGUCUAGGACCAUUGCUAUUCAUUGUAAAGCUAUCAGCUAUUUUGACCACUUUCCCCAGCAGCUUCGGCAAAAACGUGGAGCACUCUGCCAUAAAGAUGACAGCUGUCUGAUGUUUAAUGGCACUUGAGAACGCUACGCCAUUCAAACUUUAAAACGUGUAGACAGGUCUGAAAUUGUUUUUAAACUAUUAAGCUUUUCAUCCUCCUAGAAAACCUCAUCCACUUUAAUGGGAUAUCUUCAACAUUCUAAAGAUGCCAUUAUUUAAAUCUCCCAUGUUAAAAACUGACUUCCAACGUUCUAUUCACUGUAAACAAUGUGACUUUUGACACCAAUCAGCUAUCAGCUAUUUUGACCACUUUUCCCAGCAGCUUCUGCAAAAACGUAGAGCAUAUUUUUUAGUCCACUUCUCUUCUAUUCAAACCUAACAUUAUAACACAGAAAUAACUUCUACCAAUCAAACUAUACAGCUGUUUUGGUAACUGCAUCAGCUACUUUAAUGUAGCUAACUUCCCACUGUUGAAGUAAGUGCCAUAUAACGUUUAGAAUGUUCUAAUUGUAGCACUGUGGAAGCAUGUCACACUGAUUAUACCACACAGCUCACUCUAACCCACUAACCUUACCCUCUAUAACAACCCCCACGCUAGCCACGCUACGAUAGCGACCCCACUUACUAUAGCUAACCCAUGACCUACCUAUCUAAAAUAGCCUGGGCUAUUUACUACUACUACUACAACCCACUGACGGCUACCAUCAACUAGUUUUACAACGGUCACUCCCUCUACUAAACCAGCCUACAAAAUGUAACACUAACAAACUUCUAAACUACUUUCACUAGGUGCACCGUCUGUAUUUCUGAUCAAUUUGAUGUUAUUUUAAUGGACAAAAAAAUUGCUUUUCUUUCGAAAACAAGGACAUUUCUAAGUGACCCCAAACUUUUUAACGGUUGUGUAUUUUGAUUUGUUGAACAAAGGUCCAUGAAGGUCAGCAUCCCGGAAUCGCCUCUUCACUGUUGACGUUGAGACUGGUGUUUUGCGGGUACUAUUUAAUGAAGCUGCCAGUUGAGGACCUUUGAGGCGUCUGUUUCUCAAACUAGACACUCUAAUGUAUUUGUCCUCUUGCUCAGUUGUGCACUGGGGCCUCCCACUCCUCUUUCUAUUCUGGUUAGUGUUCUGUGAAGGGAGUAGUACACAGCAUUGUACGAGAUCUUCAGUUUCUUGGCAGUUUCUUGCAUGGAAUAGCCUUCAUUUCUCAGAACAAGAAUAGACAGACGAGUUUCAGAAGAAAGUAGGUAGGGAGGCAGGUAGCUUAGUGGUUAAGAGCGUAGUGCCAGUAACCGAAAGGUCGCUGGUUCUAAUCCCCGAGCUGACUAGGUGAAAAAUCUGUCUGUGCCCUUGAGCAAGGCACUUAACCCUAAUUGCUCCUGUAAGUCGCUCUGGUUAAGAGUGUCUGCUAAAUGACUUAAAUGUUUCUGGCCAUUUUGAGCCUGUAAUCGAACCCACAAUUGCUAAUGCUCCAGAUACUCAACUAGUCUCAAGAAGGCCAGUUUUAUUGCUUUAUUGCCUGGAAGAGUUCAAAUAGAAUUUGGAAUAGUUUUGGGGAAAUUAAGACAUAUUUCACAAUCCUUGAUGCAAAAAAUAAAUGUAUUGUUCCGAUAUCAUUACAACAAACGUUACCAGUCAAACGCUUGGACACACCUCCUCAUUCAAGGGUUUUUCUUUAUUUUUACUAUUUUCUAUAUUGUAGAUUAAUAGUGAAGACAUCAAAACUAUGAAAUAACACAUAUGGAAUAAUGUAGUAACCAAAAAAGUGUUAAACAAAUCAAAAUAUAUUUUAUAUUUGAGAUUCUUCAAAUAGCCACCCUUUGCCUUGAUGACAGCUUUGCACACUCUUGGCAUUCUCUCAACCAGCUUCAUGAGGAAUGCUUUUCCAACAGUCCUGAAGGAGUUCCCACAUAUGCUGAGCACUUGUUGGCUGCUUUUCCUUCACUCUGCGGUCCGACUCAUCCCAAACCAUCUCAAUUGGGUUGAGGUCGGGUGAUUGUGGAGGCCAGGUCAUCUGAUGCAGCACUCCAUCACUCUCCUUCUUGGUCAAAUAGCCCUUAGACAGAGAAUGCCAAGAGUGUGCAAAGCUGUCAUCAAGGCAAAGGGUGGCUACUUAAAAGAAUCUCAAAUUUAAAAUAUGAUUAAUAUUUGUUUAACAAUUUUGGGGUUACUAUAUGUGUUAUUUCAUAGUUUUGAUAUCUUCACUUAUUCUACAAUGUAGAUUUCUCUUUGCUUAUUUGAGCUGUUCUUGCCAUAAUAUGGACUUGGUCUUUUACUAAAUAGGGCUAUCUUCUGUAUACCAACCCUACCUUGUCACAACACAACUGAUUGGUUCAAACGCAUUAAGAAGGAAAUAAAUUCCACAAAUUAACUUUUAACAAGGCACACCUGUUAAUUGAAAUGCAUUCCAGGUGACUACCUCAUGAAGCUGGUUGAGAGAAUACCAAGAGUGUGCAAAGCUGUCAUCAAGGCAAAGGGUGGCUACUUUAAAGAAUUUCAAAUUUAAAAUAUAUUUUGAUUUGUUUAACACUUUUUUGGUUACUGAAUGAUUCCAUAUGUGUUAUUUCAUAGUUUUGAUGUCUUCACUAUUGUUCUACAAUGUAGAAAAUAGUUUAGAAAAAGAAAAACCCUUGAAUGAGUAGGUUUGUCCAAGCUUGUGACUGGUUCUGUAGGUGUACUGUAAUCAAAUGAAACAAAUUAAAUGAAUGAAAGAAACAUAAUGUUUAGCAGGCGCUAGUUUGCAUCAAGCCUGUCUGGAGCAUUUUGCCAUAGGUUCUCAUCGACAUCACAGUAAAUGUCUUCAUUGUUCAUGCACCUGGGGAAAAACCUUUUUGGCAUGUCAAAUCCAAGCCUGACAUAGUUCUGGAUUGAUGUCAUUGCAUGCCUCAUCCAUGGCCUGAAGGUGGGCGGUAUGCUCAUGGGGAUGGCGAUCAUACAUCUUCCACCUGUAUUGUAAUCAUGUAUUGUAUUGCGCUCAUAUAUUGUAGUGUCUUGUGUGGCUCAAUUAGUAUUAGAGCAUGGCACUAGCAACACCAGAGUUGUGGGUCUGAUUCCCGCUGGGGUCACAUUCGAAAAUGUGUAGACUCACUGCUGUGACUUGGGAUAAAAACUCCUGCUACAUAAAAGGUAUAUUAGGGUAAUAGUAAAAUGUAUUUUAACAAAUGAGAAGAGAAUCAUAUCGAAAGAAAUGUGAGCGUUGCACUGUGAAAAACAAUUACUUCAUAUUGCAAUGUGAAACAUGUAUUUUCUAGAUGAAACACUGAUUAAGUUUGGGUGUAAAAGUGACUGUAUGACUUUGUGUGUUGUAAUAGUCAAUAGAAAAUGUGUUUAGAGUUUUGAAACGGCUGCCUUUUUGAUUAUCUGUUUUGAGUUUUGUACUAAGAGUUGCUAAAAUGUAACACAUACUUGUGAAAACUGCACCAAAGCAAAUUUUUUAUUUAUUUUUUCAUCCCCCCCAGAACUGGUUGAAGAGGUGAGUAUUUAUGACGUCCUGUGGGAGACCAGUGAGAGAGUAGCAGAUGAGACCCUCUACUCAGCCUUCCUCAGAGGGAUGUAUUCCAGACGUCUGCCUGCCCGCUGCUACGCUGACUUCUGCCACCAGGAGGUGCUAUACCUGGACAGAGUCAUCACCAUGCUGCAGGUGAAAGGAAAAUACAUUAAAUAAAACGAAUACCGUAAAGUUUUACUUUCUAUGACUGUGAUACGUGGUUGUCGUCCCUAGCUAUCUUAAGAUAAGUUGCUCUGGAUAACAGUGUCUGCUAAAUGUGUGUGUGAGUGCCAGGUGCUGAUCAGAACAGUCCAGGGUCCCCCAGACAUCAUGCUGUUUCUCCAGACAACACAUCAACGCUACCAGGAGUCUCUGAAGGAGGCCCAGAACCAAACUCCACCACACCUGGCAAGACGCUCUUAUAACAACCUUAAUAUACAAUUUAAGAUAUAUCUUAAUAUACAAUUUAAGAUAUAUCUUAAUAUAAAAUGUAAGGUAUAUCUUAAUAUACAAUGUAAGAGGACGUAUAGCAAGAAAAAACAACUGGAAUGUCGUAGGUGAUUUAUCAAUUAAUCAUUUAAUAAUCAAUUAACCUUCCAUUAACCUUUUCAAUGAACCAGUAACCUUAUUGAACCCUUUUUUUGUGUUGGUUAAAUUCAAAUUCUAUUACUCAAGUUUUAGUGUAUUUAGACACAAAACAGAAUCAAUAGUUUCAAGUUUCUGCUUUCUUUCCCCUUUUUUGAUUCCCUUUAGUUCAUUCAGUUCACGUCAUAGUCUUUUAUCAUUACAAUAAUAUUCCCUUUAGUUCAUUCAGUUCACUUCAUAGUAUUUUAGCAUUCAAAUAAUUAUCCCUUUAGUUCAUUCAGUUCAGUUCAUAGUCUUUUAUCAUUCAAAUAAUAUUUCCCUAAAUUGGCUUUUAGGGUGUCUAUAGCAAGGUUUCCAUCCAAUUGGCGACAGGUUUUCAUGUCAAUAUUCUAAAAUCUUCAUAAAAACAAUAUGCCAUUUCAGAGUUUCCUUAAGGAAAAUCUGGCACCGGACACAUGACAGGGAAGAUUUUAAUUUACUGGGCAUUUGAGAAAUGUUACGGACAUCCAUAUGCAUUCAGAUCCAACCUGGCGCAGCCAGCGCCAUCAAUAAACCAGGGAUGUUGGCCAAAUUAGCCACAUUUACGUGCCCUUAAAAACAGCCUAUAACAAAUAACAAAAACACUAUUCCUUUAUAGCCUUUAUAUUUUUGAGGGGGUUUUAGGCUACUUUCCUAAAACAAUAAUUGUCCACCUCACGGUUCAGCUGUCAGAGAUUUGAGCACUAAACAUAUCAGGGCAUUGCAUGUAUAGGGCUAUGGGCUUAGGUGUCCACUGUAUGAUAUUCAUAUUUUAAUUAAUAUAAACAGUACCAGUCAAAAGUUUGGACACACCUACGCAUUCAAGGGUUUUUCUUUAUUUUUUACUAUUUUCUACAUUGUAGAAUAAUAGUGAAGACAUCAAAACUAUGAAAUAACACAUAUGGAAUCAUGUAGUAACCAAAAAAGUGUUAAACAAAUCAAAAUAUAUGUUAUAUUUGAGAUUCUUCAAAGUAGCCACCCUUUGCCUUGAUGAUAGCUUUGCACACUCUUGGCAUUCUCUCAACCAGCUUCACCUGGAAUGCUUUUCCCACAGUCUUGAAGGAGUUCCCGCAUAUGCUGAGCACUUGUUGGCUGCUUUUCCUUCACUCUGAGUUCCAACUCAUCCCAAACCAUCUCAAUUGGGUUGAGGUCGGGUGAUUGUGGAGGCCAGGUCAUCUGAUGCAGCAUUCCAUCACUCUCCUUCUUGGUCAAAUAGCCCUUACACAGCCUGGAGGUGUGUUGGGUCAUUGUCCUGUUGAAAAACAAAUGAUAGUCCCACUAAGCCCAAACCAGAUGGGAUGGCAUAUCACUGCAGAAUGCUGUGGUAGCCAUGCUGGUUAAAUGUGCCUUGAAUUCUAAAUAAAUCACAGACAGUGUCACCAGCAAAGCACCCCCACACAUCACACCUCCUCCUCCAUGCUUCACGGUGGGAACCACACAUGCAGAGAUCAAAGACAUGGCGGUUGGAACCAAAAAUCUCACAUUUGGACUGAUUUCCACCGGUCUAAUGUCCAUUGCUCGUGUUUCUUGGCACAAGCAAGUCUCUUCUUAUUAUUGGUGUCCUUUAGUAGUGGCUUCUUUUUUUUUGGGGGGGGGGGGGGGGGGGGGGUUAUCUAAAAUGGUUAAGAUUAGGGUUAGGGGAAGGGUUAGCUAACAUGCUAAGUAGUUGCAAAGUAGCAAUAAAUUAGUAAGUAGUUGAAAAGUUGCUAAUUAGCUAAAAUGCUAAAGUUGUCCGCGAUGAGAUUCGAACUCGCAACCUUUGGGUUUCUAGACGUUCGCAUUAUACGCCCAUCCAUCCACCCCGACCAACUACCCUACUUUCAUUUUUUGCCAUAAGUAACCAUCCUUCUUAUGUAACCAUACCAAAUGUAACAUAUACUAAUUUGAGUGUCCCGGAUUUACGUCUAGUCUGUGAGACCAGGCUGUCCACACGACUGAGAAUUUAGGCAAUGGUUGGUUUGGCUUUUAUAUGAGGUCCCAAAUUGUAGAAUAAAAGGCCUAGAAUUUGCAAUGUCCAGUAAAUUUGAAGUGGAAGACAGACAAAGAAAGAGGCCACCACAGUGUUUGCGCUAUUGUGUGUGUGCAAGAUCUUAGAUUUCAAAACCUCAGCAGAGGAGAACAAUAGCUGCUUGCAAAUCAAGGUAGGUCAGAGUACGUUAAACAGGAAAAUCUCCUCAUGUUUGCUAAAUUAAACACACGGAAACGUUAAACAGGAAAAGUUCCUGGCAUUUGACUGAAUACAGCACCUUGAAGGAAUGCCUGCUGUUAUUUGACUGAAUACAGCACCUUGAAGGAAUGCCUGCUGUUAUUUGACUGAAUACAGCACCUUGAAGGAAUGCCUGCUGUUAUUUGACUGAAUACAGCACCUUGAAGGAAUGCCUGCUGUUAUUUGACUGAAUACAGCACCUUGGAGGAAUGCCUGCUGUUAUUUGACUGAAUACAGCACCUUGGAGGAAUGCCUGCUGUUAUUUGACUGAAUACAGCACCUUGGAGGAAUUCCUGCUGUUAUUUGAUCUGAAUACAGCACCUUGAAGGAAUGCCUGCUGUUAUUUGACUGAAUACAGCACCUUGAAGGAAUGCCUGCUGUUAUUUGACUGAAUACAGCACCUUGGAGGAAUGCCUGCUGUUAUUGAUGAAUCAGCACCUUGAAGGAUGCCUGCUGUAUUUGACUGAAUACAGCACCUUGAAGGAAUGCCUGCUGUUAUUUGACUGAAUACAGCACCUUGAAGGAAUGCCUGCUGUUAUUUGACUGAAUACAGCACUUGAAGGAAUGCCUGCUGUUAUUUGACUGAAUACAGCACCUUGAAGGAAUGCCUGCUGUUAUUUGACUGAAUACAGCACCUUGAAGGAAUGCCUGCUGUUAUUUGACUGAAUACAGCACCUUGAAGGAAUGCCUGCUGUUAUUUGACUGAAUACAGCACCUUGAAGGAAUGCCUGCUGUUAUUUGACUGAAUACAGCACCUUGAAGGAAUGCCUGCUGUUAUUUGAUCUGAAGUCAGUCAGCCUAAUGUACAAUGCAAGAUUAAGAUUACGAUCACAUUAUUGGUCAAUUGCACACAAUGUCCAACCGAAAUGUGACUUCCGCUUUUAACCCAACACCUCUGAAAGACACACAUACAAACACAUACAUAUACAGGUGUGUAUGUAAUGUACAACGCCAGCCUAAUGUAAAACAUAAAUAAUGUACAACAGACAUCCAACCUACAUUCCUGAGUCUUGUAGCUAGAUUUGUAAGAAUAUGAUUUUAAGAAUCCUUUUCUUUUGUAUCCAGCAGCGCAAGCAACAAAUACAGUACAGCAGAAAAGCUCCCUAAAAAGGUGCUAUCUAGAACCUAAAAGGGUUAUUCGGCUGUCCCCAUGGGAGAACCCCUUGAAGACCCUUUUUGGUUCCAGGCAGAACCCCACUGGGCUCCAUGCAGAACCCUUUCCCCAGAGGGUUCUACAUGGAACCCAAAAGAGUUCCACCCGAAACCAAAAAGGGUUCUACCUGAAACCAAAAAAGGGUUCUCCUAUGGGGACAGCCGAAGAACGCCUUAAUUAUAUUUUUGUCAAAAUUACUAAGACUAGACUAAAUAUUUAAAAAAGAGUGCCAAAAUUAACACUGGUACAGCAGUAGUUAUAUAGGAUGAGCCUUGACUAGAAUACAGUAUACAUAUGAAGUGGACAGCAGUAGUUACAUAGGAUAGGCCUUGACUAGAAUGCGGUAUAUAUAUAUAAAAUGGGUAAAACAGUAUAUAAACAUUAUUACAGUGACCAGUGUUGAAUGACUCUAUGUACAUAGGGCAGCAGUCUCUAAGGUGCAGGUUAUAGACUACUGGCUGUUAGCCGGCUAGUAGCAGUGACUAAGUAACAAGCUCUCUGCUACCUACAGAACCUCCGCAUCUCAGCAGGCCACAGAGUAAAACACCUGUCUCUCCUCUGAUACCUAAUACCUGUCUCCUCCUCUGAUACCUAAUACCUGUCUCUCCUCUGAUACCUAAUACCUGUCUCCUCCUCUGAUACCUAAUACCUGUCUCCUCCUCUGAUACCUAAUACCUGUCUCUCCUCUGAUACCUAAUACCUGUCUCUCCUCUGAUACCUAAUACCUGUCUCUCCUCUGAUACCUAAUACCUGUCUCUCCUCUGAUACCUAAUACCUGUCUCCUCCUCUGAUACCUAAUACCUGUCUCCUCCUCUGAUACCUAAUACCUGUCUCUCCUCUGAUACCUAAUACCUGUCUCUCCUCUGAUACCUAAUACCUGUCUCUCCUCUGAUACCUAAUACCUGUCUCUCCUCUGAUACCUAAUACCGUCUCUCCUCUGAUACCUAAUACCUGUCUCUCCUCUGAUACCUAAUACCUGUCUCUCCUCUGAUACCUAAUACCUGUCUCCUCCUCUGAAUAACCUAAUACCUGUCUCUCCUCUGAUACCUAAUACCUGUCUCCUCCUCUGAUACCUAAUACCUGUCUCUCCUUGAUACCUAAUACCUGUCUCUCCUCUGAUACCUAAUACCUGUCUCUCCUCUGAUACCUAAUACCUGUCUCUCCUCUGAUACCUAAUACCUGUCUCUCUCUGAUACCUAAUACCUGUCUCCUCCUCUGAUACCUAAUACCUGUCUCUCCUCUGAUACCUAAUACCUGUCUCCUCCUCUGAUACCUAAUACCUGUCUUCCUCUGAUACCUAAUACCUGUCUCUCCUCUGAUACCUAAUACCUGUCUCUCUCUCUGAUACCUAAUACCUGUCUCCUCCUCUGAUACCUAAUACCUGUCUCUCCUCUGAUACCUAAUACCUGUCUCUCCUCUGAUACCUAAUACCUGUCUCUCCUCUGAUACCUAAUACCUGUCUCUCCUCUGAUACCUAAUACCUGUCUCUCCUCUGAUACCUAAUACCUGUCUCUCCUCUGAUACCUAAUACCUGUCUCCUCCUCUGAUACCUAAUACCUGUCUCUCCUCUGAUACCUAAUACCUGUCUCUCCUCUGAUACCUAAUACCUGUCUCUCCUCUGAUACCUAAUACCUGUCUCUCCUCUGAUACCUAAUACCUGUCUCUCCUCUGAUACCUAAUACCUGUCUCUCCUCUGAUACCUAAUACCUGUCUCUCCUCUGAUACCUAAUACCUGUCUCUCCUCUGAUACCUAAUACCCUGUCUCUCCUCUGAUACCUAAUACCUGUCUCUCCUCUGAUACCUAAUACCUGUCUCUCCUCUGAUACCUAAUACCUGUCUCUCCUCUGAUACCUAAUACCUGUCUCUCCUCUGAUACCUAAUACCUGUCUCUCCUCUGAUACCUAAUACCUGUCUCUCCUCUGAUACCUAAAUACCUGUCUCUCCUCUGAUACCUAAUACCUGUCUCCUCCUCUGAUACCUAAUACCUGUCUCUCCUCUGAUACCUAAUACCUGUCUCUCCUCUGAUACCUAAUACCUGUCUCCUCCUCUGAUACCUAAUACCUGUCUCUCCUCUGAUACCUAAUACCUGUCUCCUCCUCUGAUACCUAAUACCUGUCUCUCCUCUGAUACCUAAUACCUGUCUCUCCUCUGAUACCUAAUACCUGUCUCCUCCUCUUGGUUUAUGCCAAGAUGGCGCCAAUGGAGAAGGAUGACAUCUUUCGAGUUCCAACCCAACUUUGCAGUCACUUUACCCUGCCUUCAUGUACAAAUCUACCUCAAAUACCUCCUAUCCCUGCACAUUGGGCUCCCGAGUGGCGCAGCGGUCUAAGGCACUACAUCUCAGUGCUUGAGGCGUCACUACAGACCCCCCUGGUUUGAUUCCAGGCUGUAUCACAACCGGCCCGUGAUUGGGAGUCCCAUAGGGCGGCGCACAAUUGGCCCAGCGUUGUCCGGGUUUGGCCGGUGUAGGCCGUCAUUGUAAAUAAGAAUUUGUUCUUAACUGACUUGCCUAGUUAAAUAAAGGUUAAAUAAACAACAUUGAUCUGAUAGUCCCUAUAUAUAGCUCCAUUCUUGUGUACAUUAUUUUAUUCCUUUUGUUACUUUUAUUUGUAUUAUUAUUUUAAAACUCUGCAUUGUUGGGAAGGGCUCGUAAGCAAGCAUUUCAUUGUAAAGUCUACACCAGUUGUAUUCAGCGCAUGUGACAAAUAAAAUGUAAUUUGAUUUUCCUCCUCCUCCUCCUCUAUCUCCAUCUCCUCCUCUUCCUCCUCCAUCUCCUCCUCCUCCUCCUCCUCCAUCUCCUCUAUCUCCUCCAUCUCCUCCUCUUCCAUCUCCUCUUCCUCCUCCUCCUCCUCCUCCAUCUCCUCUAUCUCCUCCAUCUCCUACUCCUCCUCCAUCUCCUACUCCUCCUCCAUCUCCUCCAUCUCCUCCUCCUCUAUCUCCAUCUCCUCCUCUUCCAUCUCCUCCUCCUCCAUCUCCUCCUCUAUCUCGUCCUCUUUCUCCUCCAUCUCUUUCUCCUCCAUCUCUUCCUCCUCCUCCUCCUCCUCCUCCUCCUCCUCCUCCUGCCUACAGAACCUGUCCUCCAUCCAGCCCUCUGCAGCCGUGCGUCAGUACCUCCAGAGCUUCCAUGACAUUGUGCAUGAGGAGCCCAUCUACUGGCUGGUGUCUCUGCUGCCCAGAGCCCUGCUCAGACCUUACCUGGCACAGCACCUGCCCCUGGGAGAGAGGACCAGACCAGGCCCCAGCCCCUGCCUGUACCCAAGGCUAAACCUCUUCCCCUGCCCCUGCUACCAGUGGGGGGGAGAGGACAUGAAGUCAGACCAGUCAGACCAGAGGAACCAGAAGGACAAGUCAGGGACAUAUUACAGGUAUCUUGAGGAUAUUAUAAUGUAUUACAACUGAUACAAUAUAAUGUAUACUGAUUGAUAUUGAUGAUGUAAUGUAUGCUGAUUGAUAUUGAUGACAUUGAUUGCCUAUGGAGGUUUAUAACGUCUCAACUCCACAUUGUUGUGUUUAAUCUAGUGUGGUAAUAUUGUGGAGUGACACUUUUCUAACCUGUCUCUCUCUCCAGGCCUCUACUGGAGAAGUACCAGGAUGUGAUAGACGUCUAUAAGGCUGUCAACAUCUUCAGAGUCCAGAUGAUCAACGAGAAGGCUCUCUUCACCUCCAGGUAAAGUUAGCCUAACUUAGGUAUGCAGUUAGCCUGGUCCUGCUAACUAAGUCUACAGUUAGCCUGGUCCUGCUAACUAAGUCUACAGUUAGCCUGGUCCUGCUAACUAAGUCUACAGUUAGCAUGGUCAUGCUAACUAAGUAUACAGUUAGCCAGGUCCUGUUAUCUUAGUAUACAGUUAGUCUGGUCCUGCUAACUAAGUCUACAGUUAGCCUGGUCCUGUUAUCUUAGUAUACAGUUAGCCAGGUCCUGUUAUCUUAGUAUACAGUUAGUCUGGUCCUGCUAACUAAGUCUACAGUUAGCCUGGUCCUGCUAACUAAGUCUACAGUUAGCCAGGUCCUGAAAUCUUAGUAUACAGUUAGCCUGGUCAUGCUAACUAAGUCUACAGUUAGCCAGGUCCUGUUAUCUUAGUGUACAGUUAGCCAGGUCCUGCUAACUACUGUAAGUCUACAGUUAGCCUGGUCCUGCUAACCAAGUCUUGCCAAGUCUCCCUCGCAAAACAGGCUGUCAACCCUAUGGGAUCUUCUUAGCCUGGGUACCAGUCUAUUUUGUGAUAACAUUCUACUCCUUGCCACUCCUUGUCAUGCCAAACAUCAUGAGUACAAGAAGUGGAAUCACAACUAGCACAUUUUGUUUCUUGGAAUUCAUUCAGGAUUAUCCGUAACCAUGGUAGCAUCCACAUUAAUGUAGAAGUGUUUAGAAACAUAUUAUAUACUUAUUUACAAUAAAAGUGACUCCAAAAUUUCACAAUACAUUAUUUACCAUACUUUUCUACUGGGCACAAAAUCAUCAGAAACACAACCAAAACAGAGAACACAUCCAAUUUGUAGAGUCACAAGCUUGAUGUAGUCAUUGCGUGCUAUGAAUAUGGGACCAAAUACAGUUGAAGUCGGAAGUUUACAUACACCUUAGCCAAAUACAUUUAAACUCAGUUUUUCACAAUUCCUGACAUUUAAUCCUAGUAAAAAUUCCCUGUUUUAGGUCAGUUAGGAUCACCACUUUAUUUUAAGAAUGUGAAAUGUCAGAAUAAUAGUAUAGAUAAUUAUUUAUUUCAGCUUUUAUUUCUUUCAUCACAUUCCCAGUGGGUCAGAAGUUUACAUACACUCAAUUAGUAUUUGGUAGCAUUGCCUUUAAAUUGUUUAACUUGGGUCAAACGUUUCUGGUAGAUCUUCCACAAGCUUCCCACAAUAAGUUGGGUGAAUUUUGGCCCAUUCCUCCUGACAGAGCUGGUGUAACUGAGUCAGGUUUGUAGGCCUCCUUGCUCACCCACGCUUUUUCAGUUCUGCCAACACAUUUUCUAUAGGAUUGAGGUCAGGGCUUUGUGAUGGCCACUCCAAUACCUUGACUUUAUUGUCCUUAAACCAUUUUGCCACAACUUUGGAAGUAUGCUUGGGAUCAUUGUCCAUUUGGAAGACCCAUUUGCAUUUGAAUAUGGGACCAAAUAUUACACUUUAUACUACUUUAAUACACGUACAAGUGAAUUUGUCCCAGUACUUUUGCUCCACUAAAAUGGGGACUAUGUACAUAAAGUGCUGUUAUUUCUAAAUGGUUCACCUGAUACGGAUGAAAAUACCCUAAAAUGAAAGCUGACAGUCUGCACUUUAACAUCAUAGUCAUGGUUAGAUUUCAAAUCCAAACUUUUGGAGUAUAGAGCCAAAAGAGGACAAAAUGCUUCACUGUCCCAGUAAUUACGAAGGGCACUGUAAUUCAUAUCAUAGUACUGUAGUACUGUUUUUACUUGCACACAAUAUAGCUGGAUUGCCCCAUCCUGCCCCUAGGGGUCCACCAACCUUCCAAUUAAUGGCAAUGCAUUUCUUAGCCACUAUAAAUGCUAGGUUACACAGUUAUCUUCUGAUAACAGUCUCCAGUAUUAACAUUUCCAAGCAAACAAAAACAGGGAGAAGGGAGAAUCUGUAGACAUGCGGAGAUAAAAUAACAUACUCUUUGCCAGAAUUCAGCCAGCCUUCACGAGACCAUAAGAUAUGCAAAUAAGUCCCCUUUUGUGUUUUACACCUCCAGCAGAGGAAUGACAUUUCUGAGUGCAUGAUAUUCAGUUUCACUGGCAUAUAAAACAUUCUAUGGAUGGUCUUAAACUUCAGUAAUUUAUGUCUGAGAUGAUAUGAACAUGACUGGGCAUUCAAACAUAUCUGUAUCCAUUCAUCAUCAUCAAUAGCUUCUACCAGGUCUUCCUCACAUUUUUAUUUUACAUGUUUUGUGUCAUCGGGAAAAGCCUCUAUCAACCCUUGAUACAGUUUGGAAAUCAAUUUUAGAGGUUUGUCAGACUGCCUUAAAAAAGCAUCUGGCUUGUCCAGUGUUUGCUGCACAGAGAGAAUAAAGUGUUGUAUCUGCAACGAUUCACCUCAGCUCCAUCACAGACUGGUCUUCCCUGGCUCCUCAGCUCCAUCACAGACUGGUCUUCCCUGGCUGCCUGAUCCUGCUGAAACACCUGUCACCAUCUGAUCCUGCUCAGAUGAGGCAAGACAAAUAAUUACCUUGGUGUACAUUUAUACAUUAUAUUAGCCAAGAAUGGAAACAAUGGUUCAAUAAUUGAAAUGACCAUUAUUCCCAGAUCCCAGUCUGUAGCCUACCCAUCAACUCAAGAUGGAACUUUGUAUCCAUUCACUGAUUGUUAUAAUACACUGCAAAAUUCACCUGAUCUCCGUAGGCUGGUCUUCCCUGGCUGUCUGACCCUGCUGGGACACCGGUCACCAUCUGAUCCUGCUAAGACAUGAUGAUCAUAGUGUUGUGUACUGACUGUGCACCAUGACAGUGAAGCCUGAAGAGCUGUUUAUACUGUGUCCGUGUGAAAAGUAGGGGAUUAGAUAGGGAAACUGACAGAUCAAUAAUGUUACAUUGCAGAUCAAUAACGUUACAUUGGAGAUCAAUAACGUUACAUUGCAGAUCAAUAACGUUACAUUGGAGAUCAAUAAUGUAACAUUACUACAGUAUACUGAUAAAAACUCACAUUGUCAAACAACAUCAGAAUAUUGGUCUUCUAUCAUUUGGCCGCUUGUUUCAUCAUUUGAUUCAGGUCUACUAGUGUGAUUGAGGCUAAAAUAAUAGCUAUUGUUAGCCAACUUUUGGCUAGCUCUAAUGGUACAUCAACAGGCGAAAAUGAGCCAAGUUCAUUUACUUCUGUUGAAACGGGACAAAACAAGGCUACAGAACAUUUCCAUAAACACAACAGCUGUUAGAUACUGCUACCUGACAGAUAGCUAGAGGCUAGAGCUGAACUGGCUGUGGUAGCUACUAGCUAGAUAGCUAGAGGCUAGAGCUGAACUGGCUGUGGUAGCUACUAGCUAGAUAGCUAGAGGCUAGAGCUGAACUGGCUGUGGUAGCUACUAGCUAGAUAGCUAGAGGCUAGAGCUGAACUGGCUGUGGUAGCUACUAGCUAGAUAGCUAGAGGCUAGAGCUGAACUGGCUGUGGUAGCUACUAGCUAGAUAGCUAGAGGCUAGAGCUGAACUGGCUGUGGUAGCUACUAGCUAGAUAGCUAGAGGCUAGAGCUGAACUGGCUGUGGUAGCUACUAGCUAGAUAGCUAGAGGCUAGAGCUGAACUGGCUGUGGUAGCUACUAGCUAGAUAGCUAGAGGCUAGCGCUGAACUGGCUGUGGUAGCUACUAGCUAGAUAGCUAGAGGCUAGAGCUGAACUGGCUGUGGUAGCUACUAGCUAGAUAGCUAGAGGCUAGAGCUGAACUGGCUGUGGUAGCUACUAGCUAGAUAGCUAGAGGCUAGAGCUGAACUGGCUGUGGUAGCUACUAGCUAGAUAGCUAGAGGCUAGAGCUGAACUGGCUGUGGUAGCUACUAGCUAGAUAGCUAGAGGCUAGAGAUGAACUGGCUGUGGUAGCUACUAGCUAGAUAGCUAGAGGCUAGAGCUGAACUGGCUGUGGUAGCUACUAGCUAGAUAGCUAGAGGCUAGAGCUGAACUGGCUGUGGUAGCUACUAGCUAGAUAGCUAGAGGCUAGAGCUGAACUGGCUGUGGUAGCUACUAGCUAGAUAGCUAGAGGCUAGAGCUGAACUGGCUGUGGUAGCUACUAGCUAGAUAGCUAGAGGCUAGAGCUGAACUGGCUGUGGUAGCUACUAGCCAGAUAGCUAGAGGCUAGAGCUGAACUGGCUGUGGUAGCUACUAGCUAGAUAGCUAGAGCUGAACUGGCUGUGGUAGCUACUAGCUAGAUAGCUAGCUAGUUCAUUCACUUCAGACAGAACUUCAGUCGAGAGGGGAUGAAACAUUAGCAAACGUUACAUGUCAGUUACACUACCACUACUAGCUCAGCACUGGGGAAUUGUUGUUGUUAAGUCAAACAGCAGUUACCUUGCCAGCUACAUCAGUCAAAUAAAGAGUAGCCAGUACCUGCUCUACAAUUUAUUUUUUUUUUUUGUCAUUUAGCAGACGCUCUUAUCCAGAGCGACUUACAGGAGCAAUUAGGGUUAAGUGCCUUGCUCAAGGGCACAUCGACAGAUUUUUCACCUAGUCGGCUUGGGGAUUAGAACCAGCGACCUUUCGGUUACUGGCACAACGCUCUUAACCACUAAGCUACCUGCCGCCCCAACUCAGAGAAACAGCACAACACACACAGACAACAGCUGGCUCUGUUCGCACGCUCUGUGGUGUCGGCGCGGUCCUAAAUCCAGCUGGAUGAAACCACCAAACAGCCUACCUGACCGCUCUGAGGCAUCCGCAUGGUCCUAAAGCAAACCGAUGCCCCUUUUGUAUCACAGUGCAAUUAUAAAACUGGGGGGGACAAAAAUGCAAUUUCAGAAUUUGGUGAAAGUCCCACCCCUGGAUAGGACACAUGGCAUUAAUCACACAUUUAUUUUGUAUUGUGACACGGCAUCAGGGAGCUUCCAGCCUAGAAUCCUGUAUGGAUCAGUUGGUAGAGCAUGGCGCUUGCAACGCCAGGGUAGUGGGUUCGAACCCCGAGACCGCCCACAUGUAAAAUGUAUGCACGCAUGACGGUAAGUAAAGUGGCUGAUAAAUGGCACAGUAUUAAUAUUAUUAUUGGGUUGUUGGUUGGUUUGUUUAUAGGGAUGGGGGGGGGGGGGGUGGAAAGAGGAGGGUGAGAGGAUACAGUAGUGAGUAUGGUGUGGCGUGAUGCAAAUAUGGUAUGGAAAAAUGAAAUGAAUUAUGAUGUAUGGUUUUUGUACGAUUUUAAUAAAAACCUUUAAAUUAGAAUUAAAAAAAAAAGAUAUAUCCUUAAAAUUCCUUAAAAUGUAGUGAGAAUGUUCCAAAGCCAAGAAACUAUCCUGAACAAUCCCCAGAAAGUUGUGGAAAGGUUGUAGGCAAAAUAACCACAGGACAACCAUGCUCCCAUCAAGCUCUAAGGAAAAAUGGAUCUCUCAGAACGUUAUGUGCUAGCUGGGAUAUUAGCACAAAACAGGUCUGGAUUUCAGGCUAGGAACUGAAAUAAAAGUAACGCUAAAACACUACAGUAGAACAUGGGUAUCGCAUUAACCAGGUGAUCUCUGUAUUAAUGUUAAAUGUCUCUGUGAUGUUCAUCUCUGUAUUAAUGUUAAAUGUCUCUGUGAUGUUCAUCUCUGUAUUAAUGUUAAAUGUCUCUGUGAUGUUCAUCUCUGUAUUCAUGUUAAAUGUCUCUGUGAUGUUCAUCUCUGUAUUAAUGUUAAAUGUCUCUGUGAUGUUCAUCUCUGUAUUAAUGUUAAAUGUCUCUGUGAUGUUCAUUUCUGUGAUGUUAAAUGUCUCUGUGAUGUUCAUCUCUGUAUUCAUGUUAAAUGUCUCUGUGAUGUUCAUCUCUGUAUUCAUGUUAAAUGUCUCUGUGAUGUUCAUCUCUGUAUUAAUGUUAAAUGUCUCUGUGAUGUUCAUCUCUGUAUUAAUGUUAAAUGUCUCUGUGAUGUUCAUCUCUGUAUUAAUGUUAAAUGUCUCUGUGAUGUUCAUCUCUGUAUUAAUGUUAAAUGUCUCUGUGAUGUUCAUCUCUGGAUUAAUGUUAAAUGUCUCUGUGAUGUUCAUCUCUGUAUUAAUGUUAAAUGUCUCUGUGAUGUUCAUCUCUGUAUUAAUGUUUAAUGUCUCUGUGAUGUUCAUCUCUGUAUUAAUGUUUAAUGUCUCUGUGAUGUUCAUCUCUGUAUUAAUGUUAAAUGUCUCUGUGAUGUUCAUCUCUGUAUUAAUGUUUAAUGUCUCUGUGAUGUUCAUCUCUGUAUUCAUGUUAAAUGUCUCUGUGAUGUUCAUCUCUGUAUUCAUGUUAAAUGUCUCUGUGAUGUUCAUCUCUGUAUUAAUGUUAAAUGUCUCUGUGAUGUUCAUCUCUGGAUUAAUGUUAAAUGUCUCUGUGAUGUUCAUCUCUGUAUUAAUGUUAAAUGUCUCUGUGAUGUUCAUCUCUGUAUUCAUGUUAAAUGUAUCUGUGAUGUUCAUCUCUGUAUUAAUGUUAAAUGUCUCUGUGAUGUUCAUCUCUGUAUUAGUGUUAAAUGUCUCUGUGAUGUUCACCUCUGUAUUAAUGUUAAAUGUCUCUGUGAUGUUCAUCUCUGUAUUCAUGUUAAAUGUAUCUGUGAUGUUCAUCUCUGUAUUAAUGUUAAAUGUCUCUGUGAUGUUUAUCUCUGUAUUAAUGUUUAAUGUCUCUGUGAUGUUCAUCUCUGUAUUCAUGUUAAAUGUCUCUGUGAUGUUCAUCUCUGUAUUCAUGUUAAAUGUCUCUGUGAUGUUCAUCUCUGUAUUAAUGUUAAAUGUCUCUGUGAUGUUCAUCUCUGGAUUAAUGUUAAAUGUCUCUGUGAUGUUCAUCUCUGUAUUAAUGUUAAAUGUCUCUGUGAUGUUCAUCUCUGUAUUCAUGUUAAAUGUCUCUGUGAUGUUCAUCUCUGUAUUAAUGUUAAAUGUCUCUGUGAUGUUCAUCUCUGUAUUAAUGUUAAAUGUCUCUGUGAUGUUCAUCUCUGUGUCAAUGUUAAAUGUCUCUGUGAUGUUCAUCUCUGUAUUAAUGUUAAAUGUCUCUGUGAUGUUCAUCUCUGUGAUGUUAAAUGUCUCUUUGAUGUUCAUCUCUGUGAUGUUAAAUGUCUCUGUGAUGUUCAUCUCUGUAUUCAUGUUAAAUGUCUCUGUGAUGUUCAUCUCUGUAUUCAUGUUAAAUGUCUCUGUGAUGUUCAUCUCUGUAUUCAUGUUAAAUGUCUCUGUGAUGUUCAUCUCUGUAUUAAUGUUAAAUGUCUCUGUGAUGUUCAUCUCUGUAUUAAUGUUAAAUGUCUCUGUGAUGUUCAUCUCUGUAUUAAUGUUAAAUGUCUCUGUGAUGUUCAUCUCUUGAUUAAUGUUAAAUGUCUCUGUGAUGUUCAUCUCUGUAUUAAUGUUAAAUGUCUCUGUGAUGUUCAUCUCUGUAUUAAUGUUAAAUGUAUAUGUGAUGUUCAUCUCUGUGAUGUUAAAUGUCUCUGUGAUGUUCAUCUCUGUAUUCAUGUUAAAUGUCUCUGUGAUGUUCAUCUCUGUAUUCAUGUUAAAUGUCUCUGUGAUGUUCAUCUCUGUAUUAAUGUUAAAUGUCUCUGUGAUGUUCAUCUCUGUAUUAAUGUUAAAUGUCUCUGUGAUGUUCAUCUCUGGAUUAAUGUUAAAUGUCUCUGUGAUGUUCAUCUCUGUAUUAAUGUUAAAUGUCUCUGUGAUGUUCAUCUCUGUAUUAAUGUUAAAUGUAUAUGUGAUGUUCAUCUCUGUGAUGUUAAAUGUCUCUGUGAUGUUCAUCUCUGUAUUCAUGUUAAAUGUCUCUGUGAUGUUCAUCUCUGGAUUAAUGUUAAAUGUCUCUGUGAUGUUCAUCUCUGUAUUAAUGUUAAAUGUCUCUGUGAUGUUCAUCUCUGUAUUAAUGUUAAAUGUAUAUGUGAUGUUCAUCUCUGUAUUAAUGUUAAAUGUCUCUGUGAUGUUCAUCUCUGUAUUAAUGUUAAAUGUCUCUGUGAUGUUCAUCUCUCUAUUCAUGUUAAAUGUCUCUGUGAUGGUCAUCUCUGGAUUAAUGUUAAAUGUCUCUGUGAUGUUCAUCUCUGUAUUAAUGUUAAAUGUCUCUGUGAUGUUCAUCUCUGGAUUAAUGUUAAAUGUCUCUGUGAUGUUCAUCUCUGUAUUAAUGUUAAAUGUCUCUGUGAUGUUCAUCUCUGUAUUCAUGUUAAAUGUCUCUGUGAUGUUCAUCUCUGUAUUAAUGUUAAAUGUCUCUGUGAUGUUCAUCUCUGUAUUAAUGUUAAAUGUCUCUGUGAUGUUCAUCUCUGGAUUAAUGUUAAAUGUCUCUGUGAUGUUCAUCUCUGUAUUAAUGUUAAAUGUCUCUGUGAUGUUCAUCUCUGUAUUAAUGUUAAAUGUAUAUGUGAUCAUCUCUGUGAUGUUGAAUGUCUCUGUGAUGUUCAUCUCUGUAUUAAUGUUAAAUGUCUCUGUGAUGUUCAUCUCUGUAUUCAUGUUAAAUGUCUCUGUGAUGGUCAUCUCUGUAUUAAUGUUAAAUGUCUCUGUGAUGUUCAUCUCUGUAUUAAUGUUAAAUGUCUCUGUGAUGUUCAUCUCUGUAUUAAUGUUAAAUGUCUCUGUGAUGUUCAUCUCUGUAUUCAUGUUAAAUGUCUCUGUGACGUUCAUCUCUGGAUUAAUGUUAAAUGUCUCUGUGAUGUUCAUCUCUGUAUUAAUGUUAAAUGUCUCUGUGAUGUUCAUCUCUGUAUUAAUGUUAAAUGUAUAUGUGAUGUUCAUCUCUGUGAUGUUAAAUGUCUCUGUGAUGUUCAUCUCUGUAUUAAUGUUAAAUGUCUCUGUGAUGUUCAUCUCUCUAUUCAUGUUAAAUGUCUCUGUGAUGGUCAUCUCUGGAUUAAUGUUAAAUGUCUCUGUGAUGUUCAUCUCUGUAUUAAUGUUAAAUGUCUCUGUGAUGUUCAUCUCUGUAUUAAUGUUAAAUGUCUCUGUGAUGUCCAUCUCUGUAUUAAUGUUAAAUGUCUCUGUGAUGUUCAUCUCUGUAUUAAUGUUAAAUGUCUCUGUGAUGUUCAUCUCUGUAUUAAUGUUAAAUGUCUAUGUGAUGUUCAUCUCUGUAUUAAUGUUAAAUGUCUCUGUGAUGUUCAUCUCUGUAUUAAUGUUAAAUGUCUCUGUGAUGUUCAUCUCUGUAUUAAUGUUAAAUGUCUCUGUGAUGUUCAUCUCUGUAUUAAUGUUAAAUGUCUCUGUGAUGUUCAUCUCUGUAUUAAUGUUAAUGUCUCUGUGAUGUUCAUCUCUGUAUUAAUGUUAAAUGUCUCUGUGAUGUUCAUCUCUGUAUUCAUGUUAAAUGUCUCUGUGAUGUUCAUCUCUGUAUUAAUGUUAAAUGUCUCUGUGAUGUUCAUCUCUGUAUUAAUGUUAAAUGUAUUUGUGAUGUUCAUCUCUGUAUUAAUGUUUAAUGUCUCUGUGAUGUUCAUCUCUGUAUUACUAGCUAACAUUGUCAUAUGUAAUGUUGUCUCCGGCAGGAGCAUCCUAAUACUUUUAAAUAUCAAAUAAAUUAAAUCAAUCAAUCUAUAUCUGAUGUGAUCUAAUCCGUCUGUAUAAUAUUAUCCUAGUUGGUUUCCCACUGGUGACGAGGAGGAAGUGGAGGACCAACCCAUCCUUGUGUGGUCUGUGGAGUCUGGAUCUGACGUUAGGGUGAGUGACAUAUUUUAUUUAUGUUUAUCUAAAAAUAUUAAUCUUACUUGUAUUGAAAUCAGUUGAGGAUUGUGCACAUGAUUGAUAUUGUGACUGUUUUUUUACAUUUAUUUUCUAACACACUGGCCCAUUAUUUUCCUUGAGGCCCCAACCCCCCCCCCCCCCCCCCCCCCCCCCCCCCCAAAAAAAAAAAAGGUUAUUCUGUUCAAAAAACCCAAUUUAGACCGGCCCACUGAUCUUAAAGAUGGGACCAGCCCAUCCGGCCCCGAGCUGUCCUAAGGCCAGUCAGUUUCUGGUUAACAGUGACUCUAUGGGGACAGCUACGUCAGGAGAGUCUUACAAAUAAGGUGUGUUGUCCUUCAUUGGUCGUGUUUGUCCUGUCUCCUAAAUCUGUUUGUUUCUGUCGCCCCUCUCUAGGUGAAGCUGUAGCAGUGCAGCUGUAUAAUGCAGGAAGCUGUGUGGGUGUGGCUGUGUGAUUUCACGCUGGGCUGGACUGUUCCUCUUGUCAGACAUAUUCCAAUAUUCCACUUUUAUGUUUGAAACUUCCCCCCAACAACUACUGUUUAAACUGUAUUCAUGCAAUAACUCAAUGAAUGCACAAAUCUAAUAAUUGUCAACAAAGGGGCUAAAAUGAAAUAAAAAAUGUUUAGGUAAUAAAAACGUAGAAUGAAAC